AUGUUGACAUCUUUAUUUUCGUAUUUGGAAAGGUACGGAUGGUACACUCUGAUUAUCUUCGCUGUAUUAUACGUUGGUUAUCAGAAGUAUCUGUCUGAUAAGUUGGCCGAAUAUCAGCAGAACAAGGAGUUGGAGCGGCAAAAGAAGGAUGGUGGGUUUUUUUUAACACUAGUUUUUUCAGUAAAUUAUAAUAAAAAUGGAAUUAAAUAUAAAUCUUUUUGCGCAAAUUACUAUAAUCAUGAAUUUAAUUGGAAGAUUUUGAUAAUUGUUUUAAUAAAUGCUAUUUUAGAUAAUGUACAAAGAGACAAACACAAGCAAAAGUUGGAAGAAGUCCGCAGAAAGCAGCAGGAAGAGUACGAUGCUGAAGUUCAACGUGAAAUAGAAAGAAAAAAGCAAUUGGCUGAACAAAGACGACUCGAGAAGUUGGAACAAGCAGCUAAAGAAAAAGGUGGAGAUGUUUUCAAUGCUAUGGACUUUGUUAAUGAGCAGAUUGCCAGCAAGAAAGUUGUCGUUUUUAGCAAGUCUUGGUGUCCAUACUCAAGGUAUGACUUUUAAAUUGAAAAUUUAUUGUAGGAUAAUAUAUAAGUUCGGGAUUGUUCUUAAAUACAGUGAAUUAACAAAAGUGUUUACAACAAAGCUUUCAUGAUGAAAUAGCCAAUCGUUUUGCGUAAAAAUAAAAUUAGUUUUUGUAUAGCAGCUAUUCUGGAGUUACUGUAUCUGAUUUUCAGAAAAGCGAAACAAGUACUGUUUGGAAUUUACCGUAUCGACCAGAAGGACUACAAGGUCGUGGAACUUGAUGAGUUAGACACUGGUGACCUUAUCCAAGACGUUCUUCAACGUCUGACUGGAGGCCGUUCUGUGCCUCGAGUCUUUGUGAAUGGCCAAUUCAUCGGUGGAGGUGACGAUACCGAGAGACUGCACAAGGAGAACAAGAUGGCGUCUCUUCUGAAGGAUGCUAAUGUGGAAUUUGUGGUCUAA